AUGUGCGACGAGCCUCCAGGUCUACCGAAGAAGAUCACGUUUGAUCUUCGGAGUGAUAUCUAUCAUAGCCUGGGCGCGUGGGCGAACGAGACCAAUCAUCCGGUUGAGUGUCUCGAGUACAACACAAGAUACCUAAUGAUGAGGGCAGGGGCAAUCGAGAGGGGUGACGAUCCAGAGGAGCGCACCGCUUCAGCGUACAACCAAUUCGGGACUGCACAGAUGAUGAUCAACGAGUACGAUGAAGCCGCGAAAGCUUUCGAAAAGUCCAUCGAACUGUACGCGACUCUGCCAGCAGAUACUCCUUGUCAAGACUCGCUUCCCAAGGUAAAUCUCGCCACUGCGCGAUGGUUGAUGUGUGACCUGGAAGGUGCCGAGGUUCUACUUGAACGAGGCAUCUUACAACGAGAGGAGGCCUUUGGCUUCAUGGACCAAGGAUCAUUCCGCACUGGCAGGUUCUAUCACACUCUUGGCAAUGUCACUGGAGCCAGAACAGACUCGAAGAGAGCAAGAUCUGGCACGCAUUACCUUCACACAUCGGACCAUUUGAAUGCUGGAACACUGAUCGAUCAGGCGCUUACAAGCUGGCGACUUGAUGCGUCAUCUUUCAGACACGAGAUCGCCAGGACCACUUGGCUCAAGGCUCGGCAACGAGAAAUGGCGGGUAGGCAAGAUGAAGCGCGUGCGCUUCGAGAGGAAGCUGGCAUGCUACGACGUGAACUGGUACCCGAUGACUACCGUUCAUUCGAGGAGCUGGAGGAUCUGGACUUCGAUAAUCUCGUCGCCUUCUGGUCACGUUGA